UUUUUUUUUUCUGUUUAAGUAGAUGGCUCUAGUAAAUUUCACUUUCGGUUUUUUAAAGUUGAACACAGUUGUAGAGGCCACACAUGGAAGUGAAACUGUGAAGAAGAACUCUGAAUGCACAUUUAAGCAAAGCCGUCAUGUGCACUUCCGUGUAAAGGGCAAUAAUAAUGUAAGAAGAAGCAUGAGUUAGUCUUGUGCAUUGCUUGCAGAGAGAGUGACACAUUUUCAUCAUGACUGAUCUUCACAGCUGGUUCCUCUCAUCAUGGAUUCUCUGCUGCCUGACGAUUUGCAGAUGCAGCGACAUUAUUGUACAGAGUUUCGAGGGUGACAAUGUGACUUUGCCAUGUAAAUAUGACAGCAGAUAUCAUGGCAAAUGUGAGAUAUGCUGGAUGAGAGGAGAUAUUCCCAGUAGGGGCUGUGGCGAAGAAAUUAUUGCAAGUGAUGGAGAUAAAGUGUCGACGAGGAAUUCAGAUAGAUAUGAUCUGGCUGGACCAAUCCAGCAUGGAGAUGUGUCUCUGACUAUUUUUAACAUUGAUAAAACAGACUCUGGAAAAUAUGGAUGCCGUGUACACGUGCCUGGAUGGUUUAAUGAUGAGAAGUAUUACGUCCAUUUGAUCGUUGAUGAUGCCAUUAUUCCAACCACCCUGGAAACUACAUCCAUGUCAAGCAGCACAUCCGAGCAUGAAACCACAGGAGUUUACACCACUGCCAUGACAGAGGCACCUGCUACAACCCCACCAGACCCUUUGGUAACAACUAUUUCUGGCCUUUUAACCCCAGAAUCACAGACCACUGAAACAUCAGGAGAUAAUAAGACAAGAAAAGAGAUUUCUUCAACCAUCAGUCCAUCAUAUGCUCCCAGAAGCAGCACUGCUGGAAUGUGGCUCUCCAAUACAACAUCUGUAGAACCUUCUGUUUCUGUUGUGUAUCAUGAAUCGUCUUCUGCGGAAAGCAAAGAUAAUGUGACUGUAUCUGCAGUUCUUGUGCCUGUUCUCCUGUUACUGUUGGCUUUGAUAGCCAUUGCCGCUGCUUUCAUGUGGAAGCAAAAGAAGAAAACCAGAGCCUCGCUAGAAGUGCAGAACUCUGAGAUCUCCGUCAUCUACAGUAAUUCUGGCAGCAGUGUGGGCCUGUACAACAGAGAGAUGGCUGUGGAAAAUGUCUAUCAGAUACAGGCUGAAAGCGAAUACGAACAGUGGCAUUAAUAUCUGAGCAAACUCACAAUUAUUGACCAGUGUGGAAUUGAGUCUGUUUUGUUUGUAAUAAUAUAAAUAUCUAUCAGAGAAAUGAUUAACUUGGACUAACCUUAUACUCUGAUGUUAUGUGGCUAACAUAAUGUAACACUAUAUCUUUAUUAAAUAUAAUCUGAAGUCAA